CUAAACCCCUGAUUCUGCCAUUGCAUUGGAGCUGUGAGAAUCUUCCCGCUAUUUGGUAAUUGUGGUGUAGUGAAUUAAGCUGUGGCCUCUGACACUCCAAAUGGUUAAGAAGAAGAAUUCAAAACCAAACAACCGAAGCGUUAGACUUUGAGAAGAAAGAGAAAAAGUCAGAGGAAGAUAAGGGAAAAUCGGAGUAUGAUUCGGAGAGGCCGAGUAAGAAGCGAAAGGCUUUGGAGAUUGAUAGCAUCGAGGAGGUGAGGAGUGCGACGAGGCCGAUGAAUUUUAAGGUGGACAAGAAGAAGAAGAAGACGAAAUUUACGGAGGUGGUGGAUAAUGGUGUUGAGACGGAGGAGAAUCCGAGCUCCAUUUCCAAUUUUCGGAUUUCGGAUCCUCUGCGAGAGGCUUUGAAGGUUAAGGGAAUUGAAUAUCUGUUCCCGAUCCAAGCUACCACUUUUGAUAUCAUUUUGGAUGGUUCCGAUUUGGUUGGUCGAGCUCGUACUGGUCAGGGUAAAACCUUGGCCUUUAUCUUGCCUAUCUUGGAGUCCUUAAGGAAUGGACCUGCCACAGCUACUCGAAAGACUGGUUAUGGGAGAGCUCCUAGUGUUCUGGUUCUCUUACCCACUAGGGAAUUGGCUCUUCAGGUAUUUGCUGACUUUGAAUUUUACGGUGGGGCAUUGGGGCUGACGUCCUGUUGUUUGUAUGGAAGUUCUCCCUAUGCUCCCCAGCAAACUAAAUUGAAAAGAGGUGUUGAUAUUGUAGUGGGUGCUCCUGGACGCAUCAAGGAUCUCAUACAGAAAGGAAAUAUUGAUUUGGCCUCAUUAAAGUUUCGUGUUCUUGAUGAAGUUGAUGAAAUGCUGAGAAUUGGUUUUGUUGAGGAUGUCGAAUUUAUUCUAGGGAAGGUAGAGGAUGCAGGACAAGUCCAAACUCUUCUCUUCAGUGCCACUUUGCCAGAUUGGGUGAAACAUAUCUCUGCUAAGUUUCUCAAACCAGAUAAGAGAACCAUAGACAUCGUUGGCAAUGAGAAAAUGAAGGCCAGCACUAGUGUCAGACAUAUUAUUAUUCCUUGCUCUACUUCAGCCAGAUCUCAGCUUAUUCCUGAUAUCAUUCGGUGCUAUAGCAGCGGAGGCCGCACUAUUAUUUUCACUGAAACAAAGGAUUAUGCUUCUGAGCUUGCUGGAUCAUUGCCUGGUGCUCGGCCUUUACAUGGUGAUAUACAACAGGCCCAACGUGAGGUUACACUUUCUGGGUUCAGAUCAGGCAAGUUCAUGACCUUAGUGGCAACGAAUGUGGCAGCUCGGGGAUUGGACAUUGAUGUUAUGUUAGUAAUCCAGUGUGAACCUCCACGUGACGUAGAAGAUUAUAUUCAUCGAUCUGGAAGGACAGGAAGGGCAGGGAAUAGUGGCGUUGCUGUAAUGUUCUAUGAUCCUAAAAAGUCCAACAUCUCGAAAAUUGAAAAGGAAUCUGGUGUGAAAUUUGAGCACAUAGCUGCUCCACAGCCAGCUGAUAUUGCGAAAAUUGUUGGCAAAGAAGCAGCAGAAGAAAUUGCCGGAAUCUCUGAUAGUGUCAUACCUGCCUUCAAGGCAGCUGCUGAGAACCUGCUGCAGACCUCUCAUCUCUCUGCUGCAGAAUUGCUUGCAAAGGCACUGGCCAAAGCUUCUGGGUAUACAGAGAUGAAGAGGCGCUCACUUCUUACUUCCAUGGAGAAUUAUGUUACUCUACAUCUUGUGAGUGGGAGGCCUGUCUAUUCACCUUCCUUUGUAUAUAAUGCCUUGAAGAGAUUCUUACACGAAGCGAUGGCUGAAUCAAUCAAAGGCCUUACUUUGACAGCUGAUGGAAGGGGGGCGGUUUUUGAUGUGUCUGCCGAAGACGUGGAAACAUUUAUAGCCGGUGCAAGAAAUGAAUUUGACAUAAGCCUGGAGGUUGUAAAAUCAUUGCCACAGUUGCAAGAAAGAGAUAAGUCAAGAGGUGGAAGAUUUGGAGGUGGUCGCGGUGGCGGUGGUGGUGGUGGGGGGUUUUCUGAUAGGAGAGGCGGCGGGGGAGGUCGUUUCUCUGGCGGUGGCGGAGGCGGAGGCGGAAGAGGGGGGAGAGGGGGAUUUUCUGAUCGACAAAAUGACAGGAUAGGCAGAGGAAAAGGGCGCAGCAAAUGGUGAAGAAAGAUCAGAGGAUUAGGAUUAUUUAUACUGAAUGAAACAAUAUAAUGAGACAGCUGAUUGAAUUGAUGAAUGUAGAAAGAAAUUUGUGUGACACACAGGAAUAUCAUUAUACCAUGUCUUCUGAUCUGCUGUUUAUGAACCACCUAACAAUUAAACUAGAUUUCUUAAACACAUAUAUAGCCCAAUUUCGUGUA